AUGGUUACUACCGAAAAGAUAUAUGAGCCAUAUAAGAAGGCUAGGGGCACUAUGGUUUACGCCCCGACAAAUGCACAGAAGUCUAAAGGUGGAUUUAUCGAGAGGGUGUCGAAUUCGAUAGAAAAUCUUUACUGGAUGUAUUAUAUUCAUUUACCUUACUAUUUGAUGACGAAUUUUGAUUCGUUCUGUCUACAUACUAUGUUUCUGAUUAUUUUUACUUUGUCGCUAUUUGGGUUAGGCAAGUGGAUUAGUAGCAUAUAUUGGUUUUGGGCCAUAAAGUGGGAUAUAUCCUCGCCGUUUUAUACCAACACAUAG